GAAAUUUUCAUUCAGUUAGAGAGAGAUAGAGCGAACGAAAGAAAGAAAGAGAGAGCGGUAGGUAAGGCGAAGUAGUUGUACCGCCCCCGCGUCUGAGUCGAGCAAAUCUACUGAGGAGUGCGAGGCUCAGUAUCACACGGGGUAUUUUGCCGAGCGUGUCGCUUCUUCUCUCUCGUGUUCAUCACUGUUCGUUCAAUCCGUAAGCUGAAGCGUAUUUUUUAAAGGAAUCAAAAAACAAGGAUUAAUUGAUUCACCGGAUUAUUAUUUUCCAAUCAUUAUUGAAGGUGUUUUUUGAGUGAAUUGGAGUAGACAAUUUGGAGAACAGUUGAAAACGAUUCAUUUUUGGUGAAGACGAUUUUCACACACAUCACCCCCAGCAAUGGCUGAGUUACUCUCGAAGAAAUCUUCAAACGUAGUAAGUACAAAAAGCGAUGUAUGCAGUGUCAAAUCUAACAACGGUUUGAUAGAUCUCGAUAUAACCCCAAGUAACAAUCAGCUAUUAAACCUGUGUGACGACGAGGACGAUUUGAUACUAACGAACAACACAAAGAAUGAGUUAACCCCCGAGGAUAAGAGUCUCCAAGAGCUUAUCGAGAGUGAGUUAGCCCUUAGAAUAUGCUCAGAACCUUCCAAUGAAGUUGACAUGCCGGCUCCUGAAGAAGAUCACGACCAGCCUUCGAUCUCAAUCAAAAAGAUCGUCAUUGAACCUCGUCAGGAUUUGCUGGACAUCAACGCAGAAUUCAUAGGUGCAGAAAUCAACCAUUACAACAUCGUAGAGGAUCCCUACACUUAUAGAAAUGGUCACGGUAGCCCCUAUAUCACAGAUUCUCGAUCAACAGAAACAAAAGAACUUCUAGAACUGAUUGAUACUGAUUUAGAUCAGGCAUUUGCUAGUGAUCUCCGAGGAGCAACGAUAAAAUCAAGUGGCAGUGCCACAGAGUCACUUCUAGACCUUGAGAAUUAUGAAAUGAUCCUCCAGAAUCCUCAAAGAGAUAUGUCAAUAACUGUUGAUCCACUUGAAAUGGCACAUCAAUCCACUGACAAUUGCAAUCAGGACUUCAACUUCACUCAAUUUGACAAAAUUCAACCGUAUGAGCUAGAAACUGAAAUUGAUGGUGGAAAACCCCAUGACGCCGAUCCUGAAAAUGAUGAACUUAAUCUAGUGCAGUUUGUUGGUGAAGUUUAUCAGUCAGAUGAGCGAAAGAAGAGUGCAAGAGACAUGUGGAUGGAUGAAGUCGACCGGGUGGAUCAGGUUCACCAUAUCACUGAUAAUUUUUCUAUUCACGACAAUAGAGAGCUGACAUAUGAAGACUUGGCGUAUUGUAUUCCAUCUGUAUUUAAAGUAAUUGCUGUUCGGAAAGAACUGCAGACUGAUGCUUUUGGGGUAAAGUGUGAAGCAAAUGUAGAGAACCAUGGGGACAUUCUUGAGUUUGAGACUGAGUUGUUGGAGCCUGGAGAAUUACUGGGAAAAUCCUCGGGUAUUUUGAAGGAUGCCGGUGUCUUUGGACCUUUGAUGAUAGGAGAGAGGGAUCAGGAUAUGGUGAAAGACCAAUUCAUUGAUGAGGAACGUAAAGAGAUCAUUAAAGAACAAAAUUUUCACGUAUCUAAGAAUAAUGAUGUUGAAGAGAAAAAUGACGUCAUUGAGGAGGUGGGAAUGUUCCCGAAUGAUUUAGUGAACGAUAUUAUUGAGCCUUCCAAACAGUUUAAUGAAGAGAUCCUCUGUAGAACCACAACAGAUCCAAUUUUACUGGAAGAACCAAAGGACAAAGGCGAAAUUAUUGAAGAAGAUAAAGUGUUUACGAAAGGCGAAGACUUGGCAGAGAAUGACGAAGCUAAUAAUCCAACUAAAAAUGAUAGUGUGCGUGAGCAAUGCUUGAGUUCACCCUCGGUGGCUCCCCUUGCAACUCCAGACGACGAGAGCAGCGAUUUGUCUAACUCGUGUGAUAGCGAGAACCACGAAGAGGUGAUAACAACCAGCACAGUGACCUCGUCCACCUCCAAGAGCAUCACGAAGACCAAAAAGAAGAAAAUCGAGGGGAGCAGCAACGAUGCAUCGCAAAUCAGCACUCCAAAAACCAAGAAAACUAAAAAGAGCAAGAAAAGUGACCUUGAGAAGGAGAAUAUCUCAGUGAACGUUAAUGCCGAAGAAAAAAGCAUGCACAGUAUUCAUCGAGUCCAGCCACAGCCGGAAGAGCUCUCGGACGAGGACGAUCUGACCAACGUCAAUGUCAAGUCCCUGACACAGUGCUAUGUGUCAGAGACGAGUAGGAACGAGAACGAAAAGUCGAACAAGGAAGUAAUCGAGACCGGAGUGUCCAUCAAACAGUUGUGCCGAAGCUUUGGUGACAUAUCGAAUGCAAACGAGGUGGAUUACGCGACGACAGGACAUGGAAAACCGAGCAUGGAGGCGCAGGAGAAAGCUAAAUCAAUGGAUGACCUCAGGGUCAACGACAGAGCGAGGAAAUUUACUAAAGAUGCGUCGGUCUUUGCUAGAGUCUCUGUCACAGCUCUUAGAGCAUCCUACUGUAGUUUGGCAAAUUUAGCGAGAAGCAUUGAGCAGGAAUCGAGAUCACGUCCGAAGUUCUUUGGAGUCGAGAAAUCAAGUUUCAACAAAUUCGACGCCCUCACUAAAAAAAACAUCCUCCACGUUCGUUCCGUGGAUGCAUCAAAAGUCCAUCAGCAAUUAAACUCCGUGGGCCAAAAUGGCGAUGCGAAUCCCAACUGCCGCAGCUGUGACAAGGUCGUAUUCCAAAUGGAACAGACGAAGGCCGAGGGACUGGUGUGGCACAAAAACUGCUUCCGAUGUAUACAGUGCAGUAAGCAGCUGAAUGUCGACAAUUACGAGAGCAACGAUUGUAUCCUCUACUGUAAAGUGCACUUCAAGGAGCUGUUUCAGCCGAAACCGGUUGAAGAAUCAGAUCAACCUGUGAGACCAAGAAAACCAGAGAUGAUCAUACGUGAGAACCAGCCAAAAGAGUUACCACCCAAUGUGGUCAGAGCAUCGGACAAGCCUGACCUUGGGCUCGAGGAACUGUCGUCGCUGAACGUUAAAUCACGCUUCCAAGUAUUUGAGAAGUCUGACACUGAGAAGAACGAGAUUGAACGAUCACCCUCACAGGUCGCUGUCAAAAGGUCACCGAGUAUUCUCAGCAAGCUCGCCAAAUUCCAGGCAAAGGGAAUGGACAUUGGCGUGGCUGACGAGUCACUGAAUGGCAUACCAUACGAGGAGACCAGCGAGAGUGAGGAGGACGAGGAUGAGGAAGAGGAAACUGAAGAAUCAGAGAUAGUAAAAUCAAAGCGUACAACUCGCGAACGUCCAAUGAGUUUCAGCAAGAUGGACGAUAUGAAAAAUCGGUGGGAAGUCACAAGCCAGCAAGGAAGAAAGGAGUCACAACGAGAGGCCCGUAAAGAGGAGAUCGCUGGCAUUCGAUCAAGACUCUUCAUGGGCAAACAGGGGAAGAUGAAGGAGAUGUAUCAGCAGGCGGUUGCAACCAGCGAAAAGGUCACAAAGAUCAACCCGGCUGAGGAGAUUCAAAAUUCCACUCAUGCGCGAUCGAUUAAGGAACGAUUCGAGAGGGGCGAACCCAUUGUUGCUGAUGAGGAUGAGACAGACAACAAACCAAAAGUGGAAAAACCAGAUGAGGAGGUCAUCGCUGCUGGUAUAAGCAGGAAAUCCCGCUCUCUCUUUUUGGAAUUGGAUGCUACUGCAGCUAAGACCGGACGACCUGUGACGCCUGUUAAUUCGAAAACACCUACUGAGGCACCAAGACGUGCUCGAGAUGCUUUCAUGGGACGACAGGUAUCAGACGACGUCAUUCGAAGUACAGACACCACUGCAGAGAUUCAAGUGGAAACUUCUGACAUCACCAAUAAGUUUAAAUUUUUCGAAACAUAUAGUGAGCCGGAAAAGAUGAGAAAGCAGUUCCGAAUAACCCCUCCGCGUGAUGGGCAGGUCAAGGUGAAUUCACCAGAACGCGAGAUUUAUCGCGAUCCUGAUGUCAUCAGAGCAGACGACAGGGUCGACGAAAUCGUGCACACAGAUACAGCAAGAAAAAUGCUCUCUAUCUUCAGGCAAAUGGAGGAAAAAGCGACUAAGGAAGACUUGCCUGAUGGCCCGAAGCCUCUGAAAUGCUUUACUCCACCACCUGAAGACAAAUAUGCCAGACCAACUGCGUCAGACUCUGAAGAAGAAGAAGAAGAUGAAGGAGAGGAGUCUGGAAGUGAUGAAGAGAGAGAUCCAAACUAUGUCAGAGCAUCCGAUAAGGUUGAAGAUGAAUUCUUGAAACAAGCCCAGAAUGCUGCAAAAGCAAAGACACUUCGAGCUAAGUUUGAGCAGUGGGAAAGGACCGAUGGAAAAACAACAAGUCAUCAUGUUGCUGAGAUGGACCUUGCUCAGACAGCAGAUGGUGAGCAACAAAGCAUAGAGUCUGCUAGAAGUCUCAGAGCUAGAUUUGAAUCUCUUGGAUCACAACCUGCUGAGGCACCACGCGCUGCCAAAGUCAAAGUCAACAGAUUUGUGGAAAUUCAAACUGCCUGUACUGAUGUCUGUGAAAGCUGCGAGAAGAAGGUUUACCCACUGGAAAAGGUGGAGACGAAUAACAAAAUAUUUCAUAAACAUUGCUUCCGAUGUUUGCAGUGCAACUGUGUUUUAAGAAUGGAUACAUUUACCCUGAACAACGGUAAACUCUACUGCAUUCCUCACUUCAAGCAACUCUUCAUAGCCCGCGGUAACUAUGACGAAGGCUUUGGCGUUGACCCCCACAAGAACAAGUGGUCAACGACCACAAAUUCAUCAACAACUGCCCCAGCUACCAUUGUGGCAAACGGUGUGGCAACACCCGUGGCCAAUCACGUCUGAUGUCCAUAUUAAAUCGCGGUCUAAUCAAACAAUUGAAACGGAAAUAAUACAGACACUGCAGUUUAUAUUGAUGAAAGAGUUGGGGGAAUAGAGGUGAAAAGAAAUCAAGUGAAAGUGAAUGUAGUAUCUAUCAAAAUUGCUCAAUUCAUUAAUUUGAUUUUAUGUGGAAAAAUGUAUAAUUUAAUGGAGAAUUUUAACAUUUUGUUAAUCGAGAAUAAUUAAAAUCCUGAUUGCAUUAAGAAAUGGAGAUUCUCAUGUGAAUGUGAGAUUGAUAUCCUACUCAAGAUGCAAUUAAAAAUGCAUCUCAAACUGAAUAACUAAUUCAAUCAUAGAGAAAAUACCGCAAUUAUUCGAAAAAAUUGCUUACUCCAAGAAUAUAUUAAAUGAAUCAAAAAAUUCAAAAAUUCAGCUUUGUAGAAUAUUCCAGAAACCUCACUGAAAAUUCAAUUCGAUGAAAAUUCAUUUUUCCAAUGGAAAACGUUCUUUCAUGUUAAUUGGAGGGUCAAAGAGGUUGGAAGUGAUAGGUGAGAGUUUUCCAGCUGAAAAUCCUCUAGUCUCUCAGUAAAACCAUCCGCAGUUCUAUACCCAGCCAGAUUUCUCACUUAAUUUUUAACAAUCAAUUCAUUUCGUUCAUUCUGCAAUAAUUGAUGUCAUGAAAAUAAAUAUUUGUAGAUGAAUUUUUUCUUUUCCACCGAUUAUUAAUGAAUCAAUUCUCCAAAAAUGAGCAAUGUGUUUAAAAUGAUUCAAUCAAGUCUUACGUAGGUUACUCUGAAUUAUUUAUGAUCUUUAAACGGUGAACCCGUGCAAUUUGUAUUAUUAAUUAUUUCUUGGCUGUCCUUAUUCAGCGCGGCCGAUGCUCAAGUGACAAAAACUCGCAAUAUGUGAGAAACUAAAAAAAAAUGAAUCAAAAAGCAACCAACUCCCUACAAAAUAUUGUGAGCAUCGCGUGGAUAUUCUUGCCCUACAUAAUUGAGCAAUUGUGCGAAUAAGAUAAAAUAUUACGUGGUUAAUUCUCUUCUAAAUGUUAAUAUGUUUUCCAGACACUUUAACUUCAAUUGUGUAAUUGUCAUCGUUUUUAAUUGUGUCAAAAUUGUAAACAGCAACGAUGUAAGGUUGAAUUAUAUGAUAAACUUGAUCCCAGGGAGACUGCUCACUGUGAAAAAAAUGAGUCUCCAUGAUUUUUAUUACUGAAUUCAAUAUAAUGAACUAUUUAAAUGUUAUUGGAGAGAUUUUUUUCCAGUCCCGUAGAGGGUGAAUUUUUUUUCCUAAACUGAUUCGGAGGAACAAUAGCUUACAUGUAUUAUUCAUAUUUUUAAUUUUUUUGUUCAUUUCUUUUUAUACGUUGUACUAUAUAUUUUCAUUUAUGCUCGUUUUUAUCCCUAUUACAAAGGAAUUUCGGAGAGAAGAAGAAGUGUAUUAGGUUCAUUAAUGUCAAUACAAUAUUUAAUUCUUUUAA